ACGUGGCUCAGUCAGCUGAUGCUAACUCUUAGCAGGACUGACGGUUUCCCAGCGGCAGCGACGGUCUGACGGUCAGCCAGGAUGCCUUUCUCCGAGCUGUAUUUUAACGUCGAUAACGGCUACCUGGAGGGCCUGGUCAGGGGCUUCAAGGCUGGAAUACUGUCUCAGGGCGAUUACUUAAACCUGGUUCAAUGCGAGACUCUGGAAGACCUGAAGCUCCAUCUGCAGAGCACCGACUACGGCAGCUUCCUCGCCAACGAGGCGUCUCCGCUCACCGUGUCGGUCAUCGACGACAAGCUGAAGGAGAAGAUGGUGGUGGAGUUUCGCCACAUGAGGAACCAGUCGUACGAACCUCUGGCCAGUUUUAUGGAUUUCAUCACGUACAGCUACAUGAUCGAUAACGUGAUCCUGCUGAUCACCGGCACGCUGCACCAGAGGGCCAUCUCUGAGCUCGUCCCGAAGUGCCACCCGCUGGGCAGCUUCGAGCAGAUGGAGGCGGUCAACAUCGCUCAGACCCCCGCCGAGCUCUACAACGCCAUCCUGGUGGACACGCCGCUGGCUGCCUUUUUCCAGGACUGUAUAUCUGAGCAGGAUUUGGAUGAAAUGAACAUUGAAAUCAUCCGUAACACACUCUACAAGGCAUAUCUGGAGGCUUUCUAUAAGUUCUGCUCUAACCUGGGAGGAACCACUGCAGACACCAUGUGUCCGAUUCUGGAGUUUGAGGCUGACAGACGAGCUUUCAUCAUCACCAUCAACUCCUUCGGCACAGAGCUGUCCAAAGAGGACCGAGCCAAGCUCUUCCCGCACUGCGGCAAGCUUUACCCAGAAGGCCUGGCGCAGCUGGCCAGAGCCGACGACUACGAGCAGGUCAAGGCGGUCGCUGAUUUUUACCCUGAAUACAAGCUGCUGUUUGAAGGCGCUGGGAGCAACCCAGGAGAUAAAACCCUGGAGGACCGCUUCUUUGAGCAUGAGGUGAAGCUGAACAAGCUGGCCUUCCUCAACCAGUUCCACUUCAGCGUCUUCUACGCCUACGUCAAGCUGAAGGAGCAGGAGUGCAGGAACAUCGUGUGGAUCGCAGAGUGCAUCGCCCAGCGGCACCGCGCCAAAAUCGACAACUACAUCCCAAUAUUCUGAGCGCUCAGCUCCUCAUUCCAUCUGGUCGCACUGUAAAACCUGUGAAUUGGCUGCGAUUCGUUCGUCUAGAUGUAGGUUGGUUUUCUAUAUGGUGCAUUUUCUGCUCUGCACUGAAAAAACACAAAAUCUUACCAAGUAAUUUAGUCGAGUUUCUAGUGCAGCUGUCUUAGUUCACUUAAAAUUAGACAAAACUAACUUACAAGGAACUCAUAACAAGAUACAGAGACUUGUUUUAAGUAAAUAAUUCAUUAAUAUUGAUGAAAAAGUUUUAGUUCCACUUACAGAUAAAUUAACUAUUAAGAUAUGAAAAAUGUUUCCAGUGAAAUAACAGUAUUUAUUUCAUUAAUAUUAAAGAUUUAUUGACUUAAAACAAGUCUCUAUAUCUUGUUAUAAGUUCCUUGCAAGUCAGUUUUGUCUUAUUUUCUGUGUAAUAAGACAUUUUCUCCAGAAACUGGAUUAAAUUGCCUGGUGAGGUUUGGUGUUUUUCAGUGUGAAGGAAUCAGCYGAGGCGUUUUGUUCCUGUUUUGAACCCAUUUGACUUUCAAACACGCGUCUGUGUGAUUGUCUAAACUUUUCCGAGCUCGUYGUCCUCCCAGUCCUUCAGCCGCUUAAAUAAACUCCUGACCAGAUUUGCAAUUUCUUAAACCCAGGAUGUAGUCGGCGCGCCUCAGCUUUUGAUUUUUCUCCCUCCAGCUCAGAUAAUCACAGGAUGUGAUUCUCACCUCCCGUCUUAUGACGACGUACAAAAUAAAAGCCCAGAAAUCUGAGUUCCAGCUCCAGACAUUUCUCUGCUCUGGUGUUUGUCUGCAUGUCGUUUGUCUUUUCCCAACGAAAUGACGAGUAAAACGAACGAAUCUGAUUAUUUCUGUUAAAUAUUACAAUAAGAGCUGAGCUGUCACGUUUCUGUACAUGAACAAAGUGAAUGCUUGUGGUUAAAUGGAAMACGUUUAAACUAUAAAAGAUAAAURGAUAUUUAAAGACGAUUAUAUGAUUUUGUGUUCUCAUGCUGUAUAAAAUUUGAUUUCUUAAUGUUUGUUGUUGUGAAAUGUGUAUUAUUAAUGUGAUGGUAAUAAACAGUCUGAAGAAACUGA